AUGUCGACGACCCCCAGCUCCGGCGGUCAAAACGACCAGGCGAGCCUCAUCACGCCGGUCACCACCGGCACAAGCAGCCCACGCGGCUCGAUCGUGGACUCGCUCCGCCGCAAGACCUCGCGUUUUCUCCUCCGCCGGGAUACCCCCAUUGUCUUGACCGCAACCGUGGACAACAGCAUUGCUCAAGAUGUCGCAGCCCGGCCACUUAUCAAAACCAAACGCGGUUGGUUUCAGUCGGUGGGCAGCCGUUUCCACAGUCAGGGCCGCCACGCCGCCCUGGGAUCGUCAGGGAGCUCCCAGUAUCUUCAAAUCGAGAUGGCGGAGUCCCCUUCCUCCUCGCCCCCCACGGAUCCCGUGUCGACUCCAGAGAUCUCGCCGGCUCUGACACCCCCAAAACGCCAUCGCUUGAAAGGGCGGUUCCAGUUAAACACUCUGCCGGCGAGGUUUCGUCGGCGGAAGGUUGAUGUGUUCAGCCGCUCGCCAUCGUUAUCGGACGAGGACAAGGAGAACUUCCUGGACCAGUCCGCGCCUGUCCGGCCGGGUUAUGCGGUGAAUACGGGUAGUUGGAGCUCGUUCCGAUUUGGGGUGCAUAAGGCUGUCCGAGACUUGUCACACUCCCGUCCAUCACCGAGGCCUGCUCUACGGACUCUGUGGACUAUCAUGUCCGCCGAUUCUUCCGAGUGA